CUCCCACCCGGCAUUCCCGCAUCCCACCGCGCUGGUCCGGCUCCUCCCGGGGCCCCAGGCACCGGUGGCGGCGGCGGCCGUGUGAGGGUUCGGGCCUCGUGUGCUCCCAGGGUUCGGAGCGGGGUCUCCGUUCUGCCGUGUGCCUGAGGACGAUGCGGUGCGGGGUGCAGGGUCUGAGUGCAGCGGGACUCAGGAGCCUGCGGCAUUGCAGAAUGGAGAACUAUAAGAAGACCAAAAUUGUGGAGAAACCUUGUCCUCCUCCUUUCACUGACCUGCCUGCUGAUAUUAUUGAAAUGAAGGUGAAGGAUGGGAGCAAAAUUAGGAAUCUGAUGGGCUAUGCCAUGAGCAAGAUGGAGCAGGACUCAGUGAGGCAGAUUCUUUUCACUGGCUCAGGCAAGGCUGUCAGCAAGACCAUCACCUGUGUGGAAAUCAUGAAACGAAGGCUCAAGGAGCUGCACCAGAUCACCAAAGUGCUCUUCAAACAGAUUGAAGAAAUCUGGGAACCCAUUGUGCCUGAGGCAGGCCUCGAUGCCUUGACAGUGAAGAGAAACAUUCCUGCCAUAUGUGUCCUGUUGAGCAAAGAUGCCCUGGAUCCUCAGGAGCCGGGAUACCAGGCCCCAGGAUCUUUUGAUGCCUUCUGGACUGAGACAUUGAAAGCAGAAUCGCAGGGCCAGAUGAAGAGGAAGCAGGGUGGAGGCCGGGGAGCUGCCAGCACAGGGAAGCACCCUCGCUCCACUGGGGGAAUGCCGUGGGGGCCCUGAGGCGGCAGCUCCGCACGUGGUUCAGGGGAGCUGCAGAGACCAGCCCGGGGCUGUGGCUGCACGGCUGCUGCUGAACACAGGGGUUCACAGAGGUGUGAGGGGAGGGCAGGAGGAGCGGACUGUUAAACUGGGUGUGAUGAUAGCCGUCUGAAAAUAUGUUUUGACAAGUUCCCUUGCCGGAGGCUGCCAGGCUGUGCUCCUUAGGGGAUCAUAGAAGAUGGGAAUUGCCUCUUGAGCAAGAACGGUUGGUGUACUGUCAGUGAGCCCCAUAGAAGGGCUGCUAGCCCAGUGUGGUUUCACGUGCUUGGGCGUGCAGCAGCUCAGGCAGCAGGACAGACACCUGUCUGUGUGCCAGGUGCAGGUUGCUCUGACGAGUACGGAGGGGAGACAGGACCUGAUCUGGAAUCCCCAGGCAGCUGCCUGCGUCACCUGGGCUCAUGAAGUGUACAGACAGCAGGGCACAGGGCUGGGCCAGCCAUUUCUGUGCCUGAAGAGUCCUUCUGCUGAGCCUGUUGAGGGGGUUGAAUGUAGGACUGCCAGGAUACAGCUCUGGCAUCAUGUGCAUGUAGCUCCUUGGCUCAGUAGAGCUGGCAGUCCUGGUUCUCUCUCCAAACAGGCAGCAGUCAACUUGCGUUGUAACCAGCCUGAAAUCUUGUGGCUCUGCAGCUGUCCUGGGGUGGUGGUAAUGGGAAGCUCCAAAGGAUCCUGUUCUUUUCCCUUUGUGCUCCUUGAUAAUGCACAAAGAUGACUUUAAAAUAAAGAUGUAACUUCAUGUAA